UCUGUCGUCUCCGUCCGUCGUCGGCAUCAUCAUCAUCAUCGUCGCCGUCGGAGUAAGAGGAGGAGGAGGAGGAGGAGAAGCGAUACAGAGCCGUGGAGAGGCCUCACAUAUCGUUACCAGUCAUACACUUACGCACACACACACAUUCAUUUCACUUGGAGUUGGCAGAGUAGGCAUUAUAUAUAUUAUUAUAUAUGUUAUUUUCAGUGCGAUCCGCGCCUUGCUCCGAGCAACACUUCGUCGUUCGUCGUCGUUGAGCUGGAGCUGGCACGAGAGCUACGCGCGGCCGCAUUAAAAAGCAGUCGUCGCGUACAGCGCGUCGCGUCGCGGAGUCGUCUCGUCUCGGCACUCGGCACUCGGCGAAUCGGAUCGAAUCGAAGAGAGAUACGGCGAUACAUACAUAAUCACGCACACACGUAUACGUAUGUUUUAUAAGCUCGUGAUAUCCACACAGUUGCACAAGUGAGAAUACACGAUAUAAAAUAAAAAUAAUUGUGAAUAGCAAAGAAGUGGAGCUGUACAUCGCUUCAAAAAAGCAACAUGUGUACAACGAGAUGGUGACGAUAAGAGCUACAUGUAUCGCGUGAAACGUGUCUGUGUGUUUGUAUAUGCGUGUGGUACACGCGACUAAUCAAUGUUCACUGUGCAGUGCGUAUAGGCAAAGUCAAUGUGCCCGUGUGUCUCUCAUGAUCUCUUCUCAGCAGCCUCGUAGUAGUGCAAAAGCUCGUGUAUAACAAUUGGUACACGACCUAUAGGCGCAAAUAUUAUCGCAGCGCACGUGCGUGUCUAUAACUCAUCGUCAUCGUCCGAUCGGUGUUGGCGGUUGCGGCGAUCGGCCCAUGCUGCAUUGCGCCCGGUGCACGUGUUACCCACACGGACAAACGCACACACACACAUACAGCAGCAACAACGAUAUCGAGGCACACAAGAUAUCGCCUGUGCAUUGCGCUGUCAUUGCGCCGCAGCAGCAGCAGCAGCAGCAGCCGAUGUGCUUCUCUCCAAGAGCUGCAACAGCAGCAGUAGUAGUACACGAUAAAUCCACUGAUUAUACCAGUACCACUGCUCCCAUUGUCGCUGUUUCGCAUCGUUUCGUUGUUUUCUAAAGCACAGCUCCGGUGAGAUGGCCAGUUUAUCGAUACUCUAUGCAGUUUAUUUAUCGAAAAACAACAUGGAACCGACCCAAGCGCUAUUGGAUCUCGACUCGACCAGCUACAAGAUGUCCGCGAUACUGGGCGACUCUACCCUGGUCACCGAGGCGCAGGUCGACGAGCUGAUCAAGGGCUUCCAGGGUAUUCUCAAUUAUAACGAAAGCAGCGACGACGACGACGACGAUGAAGACGAGCAGGAGGAGAAGAAGAAGGUCGCGACGACGUCAACAGUGGAACAGCCUCUGAGGUUGGACAUAGAUUUUUCGCGCGUCUGCAGGAGAAAACAACCCGCGUCGAAGAAGAAAGACGACGACGAGGACGAGUCGCGUUACAUCAAGAAAGGACCGAUCAGGCCGAAAACGCAGCAGCACAAUCAUCAUCAGGCGCGCGAGAAACCCUAUCACGAUCAAGCGACGAGCCACAACAACAAUUGUCAGCAGCAGCAACAGCAAGUUCUGGAUACGUCGGACGACACGUCGUCCUCCGACUUCGAUUUCGGCGCCCAGGCCAUAAUGACGGAUCCCACCUGCAGACAGCAGAUACACGACUGCCUCGACAAGCUCACGGAGCUGAAUCAGGACGCGGCCUCCGCCGCUCCGUGGCUCAGUCCGGUGGACUUCUCGUCACCAUCGCACUGGCAUUUGUUUAUGGAAAUGCUGUCCGAGGGUUUGUUGCAAAAAAGCAUUGUUGACGCGCGUGGCCACCACCACGACUUACCGCCCCUGCAUCACCGGCAAAAAGAACUUGACUGGAUAGAUAAACGGACGAACUCGAACUCCUCCUUCUUCUCCUCCGUCGUCGACACGUUGAAACCGUCGUUGAGAUCGGAAUUUUACGAGUCGAGUGGCAACUUAUCGCCGAUAAGCGACGAGGAUUUAUUUGGUGACGACGCGUCGGACACAUUCGAGGCUUCGCUGGGCGAUUUUCGCCAGCCCACCACCCCGUCGUCGAUAUCGUCCUCGGGACAGUCCUGCAACGGCGCCGACAACAACAAUCCCAGUCCGCUGGCGUAUCAGCGCUCGAUCGAGCCCCACCUCGAGGACGACCUGUGCAGCAGCGCCGCGAUGGGUCCCCGUUUCAUCGACACCACCACGGCCACUACCACCAACACUAAUACCGCGUCGUUCAAUUACGUGAAUUACGACCUCGUCGAGGAGGUGAUACGACACGAUCUGGAGCCGAGGAGCAUCAGCGGCAGCAACAAGAAUACGUUGUCCAGCGCCAAGAGCUCGAUCCUCGACUCUUUUCUGAACCAAGACAAUUACGCACCGCCGUAUCCGAAUCACGUGGCUCCCAGUCCGACGACGACGACCACGACGACAACGAAUUACGUCUCGCCCGACAGCUAUCCCAGGUAUCAGAAUUGCGCGAUGACGACUACGUCGCCCGAGCAGCAGCAGCAGGCCAACGACGUCGCCGGUAGUACUUUGCUCGCUGCCACUUAUCACAGUCCGAAUCACGGAAAUCAUUCGCCACCCGUGUCGAUAUUGUCGCCUGCGUCCGACAGCGCUUACUACAACAACAACAAUAACGCGAAUGGCUACUGCAGCGGUAGCAGCAAUUUGCACUUGUCGCCGAGCAACUGCUCGUCGCCGGGCUCGAAUCCGGGCGGAGUCGUCUCGCCCAAUUCCCGAUCGACGUCGCUCGGCGAUCAUCACUACCAGUGGCACUCGACGCCCCAGUUGUCCGGUGCUUACUCCUACGCCAAGAUGACCUUCUCGCCGGAUCCGCAGCUCGACGGCAGAUACUUGCCGAUGCAGCAGCAGCAACCACAGCAGCCUCAACAGCAGCAGCAGCAGAGCCAGAAUUUCUCGCCAAACUCGUGCUCGAACGGGACGAGCUACUCGGUGCCGAGUCUGACGGGCACCCUGUCGCCCCGCCAGGAUCCGACCGAUCUGUAUUACGAGACGUCGACCAAGACGUCGAAUGGCAAUAGUAGCGGUGUCAAUCCGCACGAGCGAGAGACGUUCAUCGCGUCGCCGUUAGAUGAGCUAGUGCAAGCCGUGAGGCACACCCUGCCCACGCUGGAUCGACAAGCUCAGGAAUUGAACAAGCGAUGUUUGAGCAUUAGAUCCGAUGACUUGUCAUCUAAAGCGGCGAACUCAUCGAUUGGUCCUUCGUUCGACAACUUCCCGAUUCCCACGACCGUGACGGAAUACACGAGCCGCUACAAAAGCGCGCAAAAGGACGAGCUGCACUUCGCCAAUCCUUGGUCGAUGCUGGACUCGCGCGAGAUCAACAUGUGCCCGAGGCUCAAGGAGCUCAUCGAUCCGCAGUCGCUCGCCGCCAGUAUGCUGCAGGUGCAGAGAAAAUCCGUGGACGAGCUCGUCACGCCCGACAAAGACGGUGACACUCUGCUGCUCCGCUUCAUGGGCAACUCGAUCGAGCUGCGUCGCAAGCUCGCCUACGUGCCGCCGCUGAUCAAGCGCAUCUGCGCGAUGAGCGCCGAUCAUCUCACGGUGGAGAACAAGCGCGGCGAGGACGCCCUGUUUCUGGCCUGCGUGCGCAGCCCCCAUCUGGCCUUUCUCGCCCGCUACCUGGCCACUCUGUUCGCCCGCAAGAAUCCGCUGAUCGGCAGGAAGUUUUAUCGAAUAACCAGAUGUUCGUUGCUGCACACUCUUGCGGCUCUGGGUGACAGUCACAUCGACGUGAUGGCCAAGCUGCUCGAGGCGAGGGACGAGAACGGCUGCCAAAUUUUCCACUGCAACAUCCUCGACGACAAUGGCAAGACACCGCUGCACAUCGCGACGGAGUACCACGAGCGCUUCGGUCCGCGACACAGCUGUGCCAAGACGAUACGCCUGCUGCUGGGCUACGGCUGCGCCCCGCACCAGCUCGACGCCAACAAGGAGUCGGCCCUCCACCGAGCGGUGCGCAACACCUGCGACCCGGACAUCUGCGAGCUUCUGCUGAAGUCCGCCGCCGCGGCGUCCUCGGCGUCCUCCGUGUCGAGAACGAUGCUCCGUCAGGCGGACGUGCGCGGCAACACGGUGCUGCACUACGUCGCGGCGGCCCAGAAUCCCCGCGUGCAGGACGUCAGCCGACAGGAGAAGGUCUGCAGGCUGCUGGUCGAGGCCGGGGCGCGCUUCGACUGCAAGAAUCUUCGGGGCGAGACGCCGUACGAUCUGAUACUCGCGGAGCGCAGGGACGCGCUGUUCAGGAUCUCGCAGAAGGAGUGAUUGGAUUUUAUUGAUUUUUUUUUGUACAUUUUUUCGUUGUUGUUGUCGUUGUCGAUGUUGUUGUGUAAAUAAUAAGCUUUUCUCUUUUUUUUUUUUAUGAUAAACGAUAGAGCUUUAAGAGAAGUGUGAUUUUUGUAAAUCUUAAGAAGUUAUAUAGGCAUGUAUAAUUGUGUAACGAUGAAAAAAAAAUGAGCGAGAGCGAGUGGUACCUGCCCGAGAGAAAUAAUUUUUUUGUUUAAUGUAUUUCUUAUCCGGAUUCGACGAAUGUAUAGUUAUGAGUUAUCGUGAACUCGGAAGAUUUUUCGUAACGUUGUGAUAAUUAAUUGCUACAAUUCCUACCCAACGAAUGUUAUAUAUUAUCGUCUUUUUUCCCCCCUGAUACAUCGUAAGUGUAAAUAUAAAUAAAAUAAUUCAUGAUACUUGGUAAGUCACAUUGUCAUUAACAUUGUAUGUAUUAGAUGAGUGGACUAUAUUAUUGUAUAUGUCGUGAGAUCGAUCGGAAAAAAAAUUUAGCUUGCGUUAUAGUUUAAGUAGAAACGUUUGUAUCCGCGAAAGAUUCGUAUACAUACGAAUCGACAGUUUUGUUCAUACCGACGAAUGAUUUCGAUCGACGUUAACCCGAAAUACGCCAAGUGUAUCGCGAGAAAUGACAAUGAUAGAUGAAAAAAAAAAUAAUAAAGAAAGAAGAAAAUUUACCCCGGACGUCAUGUGUCUGUGAGUCGAGCGGAAAAAUAAAAAGAGCUUA